AUGUGGUCUUUGCAUCUGGGCGGCAAACUACUGGAUAGUCGUGUAUUCCGUAGGAUCCCGUUUUCAGCAUCUUCACGGUUAGAGCAGUGUCCAUCUUUUGAAAGUGGGCGUCUCCGCUGUCUUCCGAAAGAGAAAAGGUGUUCCGCCUCUUCAUUUAGCCCAUCGUUGGACGCGCGGCUACGGCGGGUUCAGUCUUUACCUGAGUUGCGUCAAGUCUGCUUCCCUACAACUGACUUUCCGGAAGGUGCUAAGUUAUCAUCGUCUCAAGUGUCUGCGGUUGGCCAAUUAUACGCUUUGCGGAUAAUUGAGUCCUCUGGCGUGCUGCGCCAUCCGUUAGGUGCGGGUCCAAUUGAGGACGUGGAUUUUGCGGAAUGUGUCACAUGGCAUUUGUUAGGGUUAUUAGAACAUUAUACUACCAACGGGGAGUCUUCAAUCCCCCGUAGCAAGCAUUUAGUCGGUCUUGCAUGGUAUUCAAUGAAGAUUGCAAGUAGUCUUGCAACAAGUAUCGAAAGUGUAUCAAAGGAUUUUGUUAGCAAGAGUUUAGAUAAAAAUUCGUUGUGUGUUUUGAUUUCACCUGAGUCUCCUUUGUCAAAUCAAUAUUUGUCUCGAUUAUCUCUAAUUCGACGUUGUAUAGAGGUUGGUAAAGGUAUUCUAUCGAGGCUAGGCAUCGGCUCUAUUAACCUGAACGGCAAAGACGUUCAGCAAUUGUUGAUGUUAUCUUGCGAGAAAGUGUUUGUCAAGAUGUCGUCAAAUUCAGAAUCGAACGAUCAGGAAGUUAGAAUUUCACCUGAUUUAGAACAUGAACUGGAAGAGGCUCGUCGUGCUGCACUACGUUCUAUAGAAGGUUUGGCGGAACAAUAUGCUCAGGUGAUGAGUGAUUCUGAGCUUUUGAGUGUAUUUGUUUCAUGUUGCAGUAAGGAUGUAAGCCCAUCACUAGUUUCUUUUCUUGCUCAGUCUCUUAGGGAUCGAGCUGCCAGUGGCGUUCUCGAUGUAUCAUUACGCGAUUGUACUGCAGUAUUCAACAUUAGCAAGGCGUACCCCGUUCCUACGGAGGUCACGUCUCUGUUGAUGUCUCAGCUUGAAUCAAGUUGCUUAUUAGCCUUUGAGGAAUCUCCGGCAUUACGUGAUGCUGCUACUGCAGCGCUGAGCAGGAACACUUCUUCCGGGACUACUUCUGAUGAUACUGAAGAAGUGCGUCCACUAAUUUAUAAAACGCCGUUUUCUGAUAUAGGGCGUUUUAGCAGGUCGUUAUAUCAUUUGAGUUGCAGUUUCACAUUGCUGAGAAAUAUCGACCGAGUGUUGUCUUCUACUUUGUCAUCUACAUCAUUUUGUCGUCGUUUAAGUUCAAGAGGUCGUCCUAAUUCACGUAGUUUAAGCCCUGGAGUGCUCACCAUUUCGUCAAUCGUCCAUUUAUUGGCGCGUAAUAACUACCGUUCACCUGAGUCUCUGGAAAAGGUUCUGGUCGUUAUGCCUGUAAUCCCGUGGGAUGUAACUGCGCAGGAUGAGAUGAUUUUGCUUGCUGAUUUGUGUUGGAGUCUUCUAACUCUUGAGAUUGAAGCAUGGCGUCUUGGUGAAUUUUUGGACAAGUUAUUGAGUCGUCUAGACACAAUGCCUUUGAAACAUUGUGUAAAGCUUCUAGGAGGUUUAUACAAUUCUAUGAAUUCGGCUUCAGGAUACCGUGCGGACCUCGAUGUGAGUGCAACGCACGAUCGAGUGCCCAUGGAUGAUCUGCUUGCCUAUACGCUGAAUGAUGGAUGUGAUAUGGCCACGCCAGAUGUGAACGCUAUUAUUUACCCUGAAGCUUUCGGCAACCUCAAUCGAGAUCCACAUCGUGACUGUGUAUUUCGUUACAUGCGAUCUCUUCGUGCUCUUUAUAUGAGCCGUUUUAACGAAGUUGAAGAUUUACAAAAUUUGUCAAACUUCAUGUUUUACGUCACAUCGAUUUUGGGAGACCUGACUCAUGUGGAUUAUACGAGUUUAUGUCAACGUUGGCUUGAGAUAUCGGUUUUACGUGGGACUACUACUAAGGUGGAGGGUUUAAGCCAGGUGCUCUGGUCACUUCAGAAGAGUCGUAUAUAUCACGAAGCUCUACUUUUGCGUAUCUGUGAUAUCCUCCACGAGAAGAUCGAUUCGUGUUCUAUGGGUCAACUGGCAUUGAUGUCUCACACAUUAUUGACCUUUAACAUGAAUACUCCGCGUAUGAUGGUUGCCCUGUUGAACCGUGUAGAAGAGCUUGCGGAUGAGGGGUCCGGUGCUACUGGUAUGGAGGUGUGGGAGCUGAAGUUCACCUCUGUUCUUUGGUCGAUUGUUUUAUCUGACUUUACGUUAUUAGAGGACUCGGGUAUCUACAGGUUACUUCGUCUAUUGAGGAGAGUUGAUUGGGAUCGUUUCAUGCAGGUAUGCCGGCACCAGGAUUUGCGUAAGAUAUUGCAAAUUCAAACUAGUAUCGAUGUGGAGCUUCAACAGUCUCCAUGCUACGAUCUUCCGCUUGAAUAUGUCGAUGUGAUCCCUAACUAUGUGAUCUCUGCAGCGAUCCGUGAUACUCAAUCUGUGAGGAAUAGCGCUCCACUUUCAGCUUCGCAAGAUAAAGCUCGUCGUUGUUUCAAUUCGUUAGGGGUGCGCUUUCGAUGUGAAUACGAGAUUUAUUAUGGUAUAACCGUGGAUUUCGCAUUGAGUCGUAAUCGGCGUUCUGGUGAUUUUCUGCCUGAUUUGGUAGUGGAGAUUGACGGUCCACAUCACUACAACAUCAUUUGCGGUGACGGUAACACGUCCUAUUUGCAUGGCGGUACACUUCGGUUACUUCCGAACGGUAAGACGGAGUAUCGUAACAGAAUCCUUCGCAAGCUUGGUUAUAAUGUGGAGUCUAUUUCUUGGAUCGAUGCUCACCGCCGUGCGAUUCAUGAGACUUUGCAUGAGAUUUUGCAUCGUCACCACUACUGUUUCAAACGAAGGUGA